ACCAAUGUGCUGCUGGAGGAGGGGCAGUUUCACUUCAGAAUGUGUGUGUAAGUGUGUGUGUGUAUGAAAUACAUUGAGAGCACAUCACUGGUGAGUGCAGGGUGAUUUGGGGGCAGAGAGAAGGAUGAUGGGUUGACCUUUGGAGAGCGUCUCACCUAAAUAACCUGGAUAACAUGGAAGCCAAAAAGGUCCUCCAUUUUGUGCCAUCUGAGGAUCCAUCCAGCGGGAGGUCCAAGAAUGGAUAUGUUUUCCAAGAGAUGGAGCUGAAGGAUGGGGAACAGAAGGAUUGUGAGGAUGAUCUCAAAGACCACAUCUAUGACAGCCAGGUCCAGAUCAGUGCGUCAGAUCCUGACUGUCCUGGCUUUGGGCUUUUGAACACAACAAGAAAAUAUGUGAAGCCGAUGAACUUCCAUGAGGAAGUACGCGCCCACAGAGACCUGGACAGCUUCCUGGCGCAGGCGAGCAUCCUAUUGGACGAGAAAGCUGCCACUCUGGACGAGGUCCUGAGGCGGAUGUUAACUCACGUGGUGCAGGACGGCCACGGGGACUGCGAUGUGGACGAGGUCAUGAACUCGCUGUUCACGGACACAACAGGGGAAGAAUUGAAUUUUCACCUCCUGUCAGAGACCCUUCAGGGUGUGAUGGCUACUUCCACCGGCAUUCGCUACCAGCAGUCCUGGCUUUGUAUUCUCUCCAAUGUGAGGAGUCUGCAGAGACGCCAUGUCUGCAUCACCCGCCUGGACAGGCCACAGAACUGGGGAGCGAACUGCCGCGAGGCGCGCUACGUCAUCCUCAUCCUGGCCCCCCCACGGACGAAAAGCACCAAGUCGGCCGUGGAACUCGGUAGAACAUUUGCCACGAUGUUCUCGGACAUUUCCUUCAGACAGAAGCUUCUGGAGGCCAAGACUGAGGAGGAGUUCAAAGAGGAGCUGGUGCACCACAGAGAGCAGCUCUCCGUCGGCUCUGAGAAGCCGAUCGUAACGGAAGUGGAGGACUCAGAUCCACGGAGAGGGAAACCACUUGAGUUCAAAGAAUUCCUUAAAUUCGGUAAAGGUGUUUUUGAUGACCUCCGGCGCAGACUCCCUCUCUACCCGUCAGACUUCACAGAUGGAAUAACUGGGAAGGACCGCUGCCUGCUGAAGUACACCACCACUGCCAUCUUCCUCUACAUAGCCAUUCUCCUGCCUGCUAUCGCCUUUGGAUCAUUAAAUGACGAAAGCACAAGAGGAGAGAUAGAUGUUCAGAAGACCAUUGUUGGGCAGAGCAUUGGAGGAGUGAUCUACUCUCUGUUCGCCGGCUCACCUCUCGUCAUUCCACUGACCACUGCACCCCUGGCCAUCUUCAUAAGCGUAAUCAGGGGAAUCUGCGAUGACUACGACCUUGACUUUAAAGCUUUCUACGCCUGCAUUGGUUUAUGGAACAGCCUGUUCCUCAUCCUCGGAGGCUUAUUCAAUGUCAGCCUUUUUAUGAAACUGUUCAAACGCUCAACAGAAGAAGUCAUUGCAUUGUUUAUUUCGAUUGCUUUUGUUGGAGAUGCAGUGAAAGGCACCGUUAAAAUUUUUAACCACUUCUACCAUGCACCCACACUGGCGAGCACAAACACCACGUUCGUGCUCCAGCAGAUCACUGAGAUUCUAGAGAAGGCCAACAACCAGACGGGGAACAUGCUGGUGUCUCCUAAUGGGACCUUGUCGCCGAUGGGACACGCAGAGGAGCAUGUCUUCCUGCCCGAGUCUCUAGUGCUGACCACCAGAGAGAGACCCGUCCUCUGUCUGCUGCUCAUGCUGGGCACUCUGUGGCUGGGAUACGCCCUCUACCUCGUCAAGAGGAGUCCGUAUCUGAAUGGCAGAGUCAGAGAGGUGGUGUCUGACUGCGCUCUGCCUAUCUCUGUGGUGGUGUGCUCCUUUAUUGGCUCCUACCUUUUCCUCGACAUACAGCUUCCUAAGUUCAAUGUCCACGAUGGCCCCGUCUUCAACUUCCCUCAUUUUGAUAAGCUGUCAGGACUGAAUACACUGAGCGCGGUCGGGCUGGGUUUCCUCCUCGCUUUGCUCAUCUUCAUCGACCAGAACAUCGUCAUCUCACUCACACAUGUGCCUGAACACAAGUUGCUAAAAGGCACGGCGUUCCACUGGGACUUGGUGCUGACGGGCUGCAUCAACAUCCUCAUGUCCUGUUUGGGGUUGCCGUGGAUGCACGCUGCCUUCCCACAUUCCUCCCUGCACGCCCGUCAGCUGGCCAAAACAGAACAGCACGUAGAGAACGGACACGUCUACACAACUAUAGUGAGUGUGAAGGAGACUCGUCUGACCUCGCUGGUAGCCAACAUCCUGAUCGGCCUGUCUGCCUUCAUGCUGCCCAUCCCUCUGCAGUGGAUCCCCAAGCCCGUCCUCUACGGCCUCUUCCUCUACAUUGCAGCCACGUCGCUUGAUGGGAACCAGAUGGUGGACCGCAUGGCCCUGCUGCUAAAGGAACAGACCUCCUAUCCACCCACACACUACAUUCGCCGCGUGCCUCAGAAGAAGGUCCACUACUUUACGGCGCUGCAGAUGCUCCAGCUGAUCAUCCUGUGUGCGUUCGGGAUGUAUCCUCUGCCCUACAUGAAGAUGGUCUUCCCCCUCCUGAUGAUUCUGCUGGUCCCUGUCAGGACCACCCUUCUACCCCGAGUCAUCGAAGCCAAGUAUCUGGAUAUCAUGGACGCCCAGUACAUAUAGAUGGACAGAGCGCACCUUAUGGAAAGAUUCACUUCUUCCUGUUGGGAGGGACACAGACUCAGAACUCAAUGACUGUGUCAACAACUAAACAAAAUGCAUUCGGACUGCAAGAUGUGGAUGUGAGCACUCUCUCGUGACCGGACGACAUUUACAUCCCUCAGAAGCUUUCUCAUUGUUCAUCACACAUUCUCCAUCGAUGUAGCUGCCAUUUUAAUAUCCAACAUUCCUGCAUCUUUAUUGUAUUUACCAGUGUUGAAUGAGUGUCUUCUGUUUCGCUUAUUCUUUACACACACACACACACACACACACACACACACACACACACACACA